AUGAAGGGACAGAACGUGGACCCUCACGUCGUUGCCAAGUUCAUGCGUCACAAGAAUAUUGAGACUCAAGGUGAGUAUAAUGAGCACUCGGCCGUCCAUGAUGCAAGUCGUUUCGCCGCCAUUGCCAAGUCCACGGUAGGAGAUAACAACAAACGGAAGUCGCCACCCGAAACCGCCACCAAUCUUGAUCGGUCCACGGGUAGUUCGACAAUUCCACGGGCCCCUUCCAUGGAAGAAUAUCCACCUCAAUAUUCCAUCGGUCGCACCAUGGGAUACUCUCAUGAAGAGUGCCGCGGUGGUCCAGUCAUGAUGCCCACCAUUCCGUUGCCCCAUCAAGGAAGUUUCGGGAAUGGGUUGUCCGAAUCCGAACGCCAGGAACUGGAAUACCUUCGGUCGCAACAAAUGAUGGCAAUGGAUUCCGAAAGAAUGGAACUUGAACGUCUUCGGCGUCAAUCAUACGUCCCACCACGUCCCCACUAUCCCGUCUGUAGUACCGCCCCGUCUCGACACAACUACGGUCAUGGUCUUCAUUUUGCCCAUGAAGGUUUUUCAUCAAUGGUCGAUCCACGUGGUCUGUACAAAGCGAAAAUGGGAGUAUUUCGUGAGCAAGUACCCUAUGGAACACAAUACAUUCCUCGUCAACCAUCGGCACUUACCCCACAAGGAAACGGCGUCAUGGUCAUGGGUAGUAGUCCAGAUGAAGACGAGAUGGAUGAUCAGAAGAUGCCGGCACUUCUAGUUCCGUGUGGUCCGGGGUGUGAUGUUUUGUUGAGGAUCGAGGGUGCCAUGUGGAGGUAUGUGGAUGGAAUGGACAACACCAUCCGUCAUGGUAAGAAAGAAAAUGAAGAUAGAUUGGUUUCUAGCUUUGUUGGUUGGAGAUUAUGA